AAACGAAAGGAAACUCGAAAUUCAGUUGCAAAAAAGCUCGCCGACCGAGCGGUCUAACGGAGAGACGCUUUCUCUUUUAUUUUUCCCCCAUUGACGACGCUGCGUGCGCGUCUCUCCCGCAAGAAACAACAACAACAACAAUAAGAAUAAGAACUGUGCACGGUGCAUAAAUAAAACACACGAAAAUAUACACAUAUAUGUAUAUUUGCUAGGCAUUUAGAAUUUAUGCACAAAAAAAAAGAAACGCCACAAAAAAAAGAAAACAAAACAAACAAACGAAGUGAUGACAGCCAAAAGUAAUAACAGUAGUUAAAUCGCGGCACAAGAACGUAAACACAAAAUCGUGUGUAAAGUGAAUUCCAUGGGAAAAAGACGAGAAGAAGAGUACAAGAAGUACAAGAACAACAGCAUGAGGACGCCGACAGUGACGCCGGCAGAGGCAGCGGCAGCAGCAGCGGCAGCGGUCGAGACAAUUCGAAUUUCUUUGGAUGCUGAUGGACUAACGGUGCUUUAGUGGUUGUUCGCGUGUGUGUCUGUGUGUGUGUGUGCGUGUAAAGUAAAGCGGAAAACAGCAGAAACUGAAUGUGCAACCGAAGCAAAGCAGCGUAAAAUAAAAACCAUAAAGUAUAACCAGAGCAGUGGAGGGAUCGGUGAAAAGCGUUAACCGAAGCCAAGAAAAAAUUAAAACCGAAAACCAACAUCAAAAGUUGCCAACUUUUUUUGCGACCGCAGCAGCCGAAGAAGCAGCGGCGUCAGCAGCGACGCCCGACUGCAGCCAGCGUCGCGCUGGCAACAACAAAUUGCGAUGCCUGGACUUGUGGUCUUCAGACGUCGCUGGUCUGUGGGCUCUGAUGAUCUCGUAGUGCCGGGCGCAUUUCUGCUGACUAUUCAUUUUAUAUGUUUUGUGAUUGUUAGCGUCUCGUUGGUUAUCUUUGAGUAUAAUACACAAAUUUUAAGCGUAAAAUUAUUGUUCUACCAUCUAAUAGGCUACUUGUUGAUACUAUUUUUUUCAAUAUGUGUAGAAAUAGGUAUAUGUGUGAUCUCGAUGCGUGGCAGUAUUCUAGAUGCCGAGGCGCGCAACUCUAUCAACAUCUGGAUAUAUCUCAAGAGCUUGGUAAUACUGUUCGAUAUUGCCUGGCUGGCGGUGGGCUCCGUUUGGCUGGGGCAUUACUACACCACCGCACCCAUCGAUGAUCCCAAAAAGGUCUACAUAGCCAUUAUCAUCUGCAAUUGGGCUCUGGUGGUGAUCACCCUCAUCACGAUAUGGUGCACCUUCGAUGCUGCCGGAAGAUCCUGGGUGAAGAUGAAGAAGUACCAGCGAUCAAUGCGCGAAACGGAGUCUCGGUUCAACUAUAAAAGGAGCAACAGUAUGAACCGCAACUGGCGGCAAAGAAAAGUGAUGCGAGCCUACCAGGACAGCUGGGACCAUCGCUGCCGUCUGCUUUUCUGCUGCAUGGGCUCCUCGGAACGCAACCGCAACUCAUUCACCGACAUUGCCCGCCUGCUGAGCGACUUCUUCCGGGAACUGGACGUGGUGCCAUCGGAUGUGGUGGCCGGUCUCGUCCUGCUUCGCAAAUUUCAGCGGCUGGAACGUGAGGCCAUCGUGCGGCAGCGCAAGAAUGGCACCUACGAGUUCCUCAGCGGCGUACCCAUCACGGAACGGACCCAGUUCCUAGCACUCAACGAUGCCAAAAACUACGACUUCUUUCAGACGGUCAUCCACUACAUGUACUAUGCCCAGGGCGCCUACGGCUGGCCCAUGUACGUGAUCAACAAUCGAACCAAGAUGUGGCAUUUGGUGCCGGAACUGAAAUGCUUUGGCUGCUGUUGCGGCAGUAGCGAUGAUACGGAGGUUAUCCGGGACAAUUGCUGCCUGUGCAACUACGCGGCGCUGAAGAAAACACUCCAGAUGGGCGACAUCGACAUCGUUUAUGCCACCUACCACGUGGAUGUGGGCGAAACGCCCUUCUUCGUGGCCGUCGACUACACCCAUCGAGCGGUGGUGAUCAGCAUACGUGGCACCCUUGGCAUGAAGGACAUCCUCACGGAUCUAAAUGCCGAGGGCGAAGUCCUGCCGCUGCAGCCGCCGCGUGAUGAUUGGCUGGCCCACAAGGGCAUGGUGCAGGCGGCGAUCUAUAUACGCAACAAGCUGCAGGAGGAGAACCUCAUCGAGAGGGCACUGCAGCGGAAUCCCGAUCGCCAGACGCACACCUUUGACCUGGUCCUGGUGGGUCAUUCCCUGGGCGCCGGCACGGCGGCCAUACUUGCCAUACUACUGAAGCCUGAACAUCCAACGCUACAGUGCUUCAGUUACUCCCCGCCCGGUGGACUGCUCAGUAUGCCCGCCGUGGAGUACUCCAAGUCGUUCAUCACCUCGGUGGUGUUAGGCAAGGACGUUGUGCCGCGCAUAGGUCUCAAUCAAAUGGAGGCUCUGCGAGCGGACCUCAUCAAUGCCAUUCAGCGCAGCGUGGACCCCAAGUGGAAGACCAUUUCCUGUUCGGUCAUCUGUUGUGGCUGUGGACCGGAGCCCACUUCUGUGGUCAACAUGUCCGGCCAGGACACGCACAUCAAUCAGUACCAGGAGGAGCGCGGCACUGCACGUUCGACCAGCGCCCAUCCCACGGACAGCUCGAUAGCUUUAACCCUGCACCAGCCCUUAUAUCCGCCCGGGCGCAUCAUCCACAUAGUGCGACACCAUCCCAAGCCCGACGAGCAAAAAUACGACAGUGGUUGGAGGAAUGUGCUGAAGAAUCGGGAACCCGUAUACCAGGCCAUCUGGGCGGACUCCACGGACUUCGAUGAGGUGCUCAUCUCGCCGGUGAUGCUGCAGGAUCACAUGCCCGACAAGAUUCUCGCCGCCCUGAAGAAGGUUGUAACAACGAGUGGGCCACGCAAGCCCCAGCGCCAGACCUCCAAUGCAUUCUCCACCGGAUCGAACGAAGCCCACGAUCACGAUGCGGAACUGGAGCCGCCCCAUUGCAGCGGCCACAGGGAGACGACGACGAAUGGCACGAUGAGAUUCGACCCCGAAACGGAUCCCAACCAGAUGCGAUCCUCGAUGUCGCAGUCGCAACACUGCAAGCGGCCCUCGCAAAGUUCCUACACGAACCUGAGCAACUGCCUCGUCCUGACGCCAACGACUCAGCACAAGCUGUGCCUGGAGACGUCCUUCACCAACGGCUCCGCCCCACUCCAACCGGCUCCACAGCAGCGCCUGGCCUCGGCCGCCUCGUCGCUCCUGAGCUCGGCCACCACGCCGUACGACAUAUCAAGUGCUCUGGACGACAGCCUGGCCACGGUGGCCCUGCGCCAGAGUCCCUCGCUGAUCAGUGCCGAGACGACGGCCACCGUAAUUGGUAAUAAUCCCGAAACGGAUGUGGAUCCCGAACCCAUGGCAGAGAUGGCCAUGCCGCGCCUUAAGGCGGUGGCCUUCGAUAUGGCCCUGACUCCACCGCCUUUGCUGCCGGAGAGAUCCCUGCUGGGGCGCCAGCACUCCGAGAAAAAGCCGCGCUCCCUGCCGUUGGCACAAGUCCAGGCCCUUCGCCGUGCUUCGGAUGCGGGUGCAGUGCCUGGUGUGGAUCUUCUGCACGACGACUGGUAUGGCCUGGCCCCGCUGGCCAGUCCCGAGACCCUGUCCGAGAUCUCCAGCGUCUCCUCGCGCACCAGUGUGCCCAUCAGUCUGGCCAACAGCAUUGAGCGCUAUCUGCAGCACAUGGGCGUGGGCAUGGGUGGACCCAAGGUCCCGCUGGAGGACAUCUUCGAGUCGCAGCUGCACACGCCCAAGGUGAUGAGGCGGGCGCCCAAGUUUAGCGAGAAUCUGGCCGGCUGUGCGGAGGACACCAGGAAUCUAGAUCAGUACAAACGGAUGGGACGUGUGUUCAUCACCUUUCCGCGCAUCUUUCCAGAUCAAUCUCCAGCUGCCCAUAGCCUGGACUCCAGCGACGAUAGCUUUGAGUCGGCCUCGGCGCACAGUCUUCAGCGUUUGCAGCUGCCGCAUGGCUCGAAUGCGGUCCAGAGUUCCAAGUCCGCCGAUCCGCUGGACGGGGUUGGGGAUCGAGAUAGGGAUCAGCUGGCGUCGAGGCAAACGCAGCCGGCCAAGAAGUUGACCUUCAGCGACAGCGAUAUCCUCUCAGAUGCGGACUGCCUGCGACUGUGUCCCUACUGCCCCUGCGAUCGGGAUGUCCAGCGUGGCUGCUGCACUCGCUCCGAGCACUCCAGGUGCGCCAAUGAGAUGUCCGAAGGGCAAGGAGGCCAGGGCGCCAUGGGAUUGGGCUCCACCGACACUAGUUUCUACAGUGCCAGCUCAUCGCUGGAACAGUUUGCCACGCCGGCCAGGCAGAAUGGUGGCCCCCACCUGGAGGAGAUUAUCAUGCGUCCCGGCGUCCUGGAGUCCCACUUUCCCGUUCUCGGCGCUGGCAGUGUGAUGGAGACCCCUGCCCUGGUGGCCCCCGCAUCACCAUCACCGCUAAGCAAUGGCAAGCGACCGGAUGUGGUGGGCGGCCGGGUGAGAAAGCGUCUCUCCUCCGAGGAGUUCGUCUUCGCCAGGGCCGAGGAUAUGGUGCCCAGCCUAGUACAAAUGGGUGAUAGGAGCUCCGGCUCUCCGGCGAAUCGCAGGCGGGGCAAGGCCUGUGUCUAUCCGGCCGGGAACAGUCUACGCUUGGAUGCAGCUGCCGGUGCAGCAAAUGCUGCAGUUGUCUCCGCAUCGCCCACGUCCAUUAGCAAAUUUACCCGAUCCCGUGUGGCCGCUGGAGGAUCGGCAGCCAAGCAGGCCGCCGCCGCCGCCAAUAACGAAAGUAACGUUUAAUAGUUCUAAGUUGUAAGCAGUACCUUACCCGGACCGAGCGAUCGAUGAUGCUUGAAACUCGAAACUCAAAUCUCGAAACUCUUAACUCGUGACUCUUGUAAUCCCGAAAUCCCAAAAUCGGUACAAUUAUGCCGUUUGCCAUUGCUUUCACACAAGCGAUCCACAAAGUCAGUUGAUU